AUUACUGCAUCUUUACACUGGUUGUUAGCAGAGGACACAGCCACAGCCUAAUGAACGAACUGUAUGUGGAUUUUUUUCACAGCUCAAAGGGAAGAGGGCUAAUCCAUUUUUAAGGGACUGUUGGUGACUUUUGCAGUGACUGCUUGGAUCGCUACUGCACUGCUUUUAGCUGUUUUUGUCUUUUUCUCUCUCAUCUCCCAUCAUACCCUCCAGGCAGGAUGAUAGCUGCUCAGCUUCUGGCCUAUUAUUUUACAGAAUUAAAGGACGACCAGGUCAAAAAGAUCGACAAAUACCUGUAUGCUAUGCGUUUCUCAGAUGAAAUGCUCCUGGACAUCCUGUGUCGGUUCAGGAAGGAUCUCGACAGUGGCCUGGCCAGGGACACCAAUCCUACAGCUACAGUCAAGAUGCUGCCCACGUUUGUGAGGUCCAUACCUGAUGGAUCAGAAAAGGGAGAUUUUAUUGCAUUGGAUCUGGGAGGAUCCAACUUUCGAAUUUUACGGGUGAAGGUUUCUCACGAGAAGAAGCAGACGGUUCAAAUGGAAAGCCAAAUCUACGACACUCCAGAGGACAUCAUGCAUGGCAGUGGAACACGGCUGUUUGACCAUGUGGCCGAAUGCCUAGGAGAUUUUAUGGAGAAACAGAAAAUCAAAGACAAGAAGCUGCCGGUUGGGUUUACCUUCUCUUUCCCCUGCAGUCAAACCAAAUUGGAUGAGGGUGUUUUGUUAACGUGGACAAAACGGUUUAAAGCAAGUGGUGUUGAGGGAAUGGAUGUGGUGAAGCUGCUGAACAAGGCCAUUAAGAAGCGAGGGGAUUAUGAAGCUGAUAUAAUGGCUGUCGUGAAUGAUACAGUUGGAACAAUGAUGACUUGUGGAUUCGAUGACCAGCGCUGUGAAGUAGGCGUCAUUAUAGGUACGGGUACCAAUGCGUGUUACAUGGAGGAGAUGAGGCACAUUGACCUGGUGGAAGGGGAUGAGGGGAGGAUGUGCAUCAACACUGAGUGGGGAUCAUUUGGGGAUGACGGCUCACUGGAAGACAUCCGCACCGAGUUCGACAGAGAGAUCGACCGCGGAUCCCUUAACCCAGGGAAACAGCUGUUCGAGAAGAUGGUCAGUGGAAUGUACAUGGGGGAACUCGUGAGACUCAUCCUGGUAAAGAUGGCCAAAGAGGGUCUGCUGUUUGAGGGCAGGAUCACACCCGAGCUUCUCACCAAAGGGACAUUUGAAACGAAACACAUAUCAGCUAUAGAGAAAAACAAAGAGGGUCUGACCAAAGCUAAAGAUAUCCUGGCCCGGCUGGGUGUGGAGCCUUCGCACGAGGACUGCAUCGCUGUGCAGCACGUGUGCACAAUCGUGUCCUUCCGCUCCGCCAACCUCAUCGCUGCCACACUGGGGGGCAUCCUCGGUCGUCUCCGUGACAACAAGGGGGUGCCCAGGCUGCGUACCACCGUCGGGAUCGACGGGUCUCUCUACAAGAUGCACCCACAGUAUGCCCGGCGCUUGCAGAAGAUGGUGAGGAGGCUGGUUUCGGAUUGUGACGUGCGCUUCCUGCUCUCGGAGAGCGGCAGUGCGAAGGGUGCUGCCAUGGUAACGGCGGUGGCGUACCGUCUGGCUGACCAGACCCGGCAAAUCAAUGAGACCCUGGCCGAGUUCAAACUGAGCCACGCCCAGCUGCUGGAGGUCAAGAAGAGGAUGCGGACUGAGAUCGAGAACGGCCUGGGGAAAAAAACCCACGAGUCGGCCACAGUUAAGAUGCUGCCCACGUUCGUCCGCAGCACGCCAGAUGGAUCAGAGAAUGGAGACUUUUUAGCUCUUGAUCUGGGUGGCACCAACUUCAGGGUGCUGCUUGUGAAGAUCCGCAGUGGUAAGAGACGUACAGUGGAGAUGCACAACAAGAUCUACGCUAUUCCUGAAGAGGUCAUGCAGGGGACAGGGGACGAGCUUUUUGAUCACAUCGUUCACUGUAUCUCUGACUUCCUGGAUUACAUGGGGAUGAAGAACACCCGCCUGCCCCUCGGAUUCACCUUCUCCUUCCCUUGCAAACAGACCAGUUUGGAUGCGGGGAUCCUGAUCAACUGGACCAAAGGUUUCAAAACCACUGAUUGUGAGGGGGAAGACGUGGUUGGUCUGCUUAGGGAAGGCAUUAAACGGCGAGAGGAGUUUGACCUGGAUGUUGUGGCGGUGGUGAAUGACACAGUGGGGACAAUGAUGACUUGUGCGUAUGAGGAGCCCACCUGUGAAAUCGGUCUGAUUGCAGGAACUGGCAGCAAUGCAUGUUACAUGGAAGAGAUGAGGAAUAUUGAGACAGUUGAAGGAGACUUGGGUAGGAUGUGUGUCAACAUGGAGUGGGGAGCCUUCGGGGACAAUGGCUGCCUGGAUGACAUCAGGACACAGUACGACAGGGCUGUCGAUGACCUGUCACUAAACGCUGGGAAACAAAGAUAUGAGAAAAUGUGCAGUGGGAUGUACCUGGGAGAAAUCGUUCGGAAUAUUCUGAUUGAUUUGACUAAGCGGGGGUUCCUGUUCAGGGGUCAGAUUUCUGAGGCUCUGAAGACCAGGGGGAUCUUCAAAACCAAAUUUCUGUCCCAGAUGGAAAGUGACCGUCUAGCCCUGCUCCAGGUGCGAGGCAUCCUGCAGCAGCUGGGUCUGGACAGCACGUGUGACGACAGUAUCAUCGUGAAGGAGGUGUGCGGCGUGGUCUCACGGAGAGCCGCUCAGAUCUGCGGGGCCGGCAUGGCUGCCGUUACCGACAAAAUCCGGGAGAACCGAGGACUGGAGCAGCUGGACAUCACCGUCGGGGUGGACGGGACGCUCUACAAGCUGCACCCACACUUCUCACGGAUCAUGCACCAGACAGUGAAGGAGCUGGCUCCCAAGUGCAACGUCAACUUCCUCCUGUCUGAAGACGGCAGUGGAAAAGGAGCAGCUCUGAUCACUGCUGUCGGAUGCCGACUGAGGGAACAAGAACAGCAAAACAAAUAGGAAGAAGCUACUGUAGCGUAACCCUGCACAGGCUCCCCCCGGGGCUCUUAAGAAUGAUCCUGUAUUUCCUGAGCACUUUCUUCUUCCACAGAAGUGACUUGGUUAUCUGACUGUGUGCAGCACCUGCCCUCUGUGCUUUAAAAGUCAUGAACAAGCCUGCAUUUAGAUUAAACAGCAUUUAUUUUAUUGUAUCGAGUAAGUUUUCUCAAAUAUUCUUGUGCAUGCGCAGACAUUCCCAAGUUAGCAGAUUAGAAAGACAACUUGUGAUUUAAACUGUACCAAAAUAUACCCUUUUAAACACAAAACGGCAAUCUAGAGCAGGGGUGGGCAAUUCCGGUCCUGAAGGGCCGGUGUCCCUCCUGGCUUUUGUUCCAACUUUGCCCUAAAUUACUUAAUUGGACUAAUUAUUACCAAUUAUUGGUCUAAUUAAGUAAUUUAGGGCACAUUUGGAACAAAAGCCAGGAGGGACACCGGCCCUCCAGGACCGGAAUUGCCCACCCCUGAUCUAGAGCCACUUGCAGGAAUUUUGAUAUCAGUGCAUGCAGUACCUAAAUUUCUUCAGCAGAGGGUGUUUAUUUUUGUCUCUCCUAUGUGUUGCACACAGUUUCAAAUAGCGGAGCCACUUCUGUACGUCUCUGUGUAUAUUGUUUAACAUCAUAUUUACAAUCAACUACCCUAAAAAAAGGAAAAGGAGGUGAUAAUUAAAAUAUUACGGUAUCUACCAUAGCAUAAGACUUAUGCCUUUAUAGUCACUCCAAUUAUUGUUAUCAAAAACGUACAGUCCCCAGAUACCUGAAAUAACCCAGCAUAUCUUGUUGUUUUUGUGAAUUAGGUGUUGUGUUAAAUGCUGCUGUAUGUUUUGUAUAAAUGGCAGACAGGCUUAUCAGAAAAGGCCAGGUGGUUGAUCGAGUUCAGUAUGCGACAGUGUACUGGGGUUGUAUGUUGCGAGUAGUUUUGUGUGGCUACCUGUAGCUUUACAUGUCAGAACCUAUAAGAUGAAUGCAUGCCUUAUUUUGUGACACAAAGAUAUAAACUUUAUUUUGUACAUUGAUAUAGAUGCACUAGUGUUAUAAAAGUGAUAUCUGUGAAUACAUUAAAUUUUAUUUGGAUGUGCAACACACCUUC